AUGAAAGCUGUCCGUGCUACUCUUGAGAAUUUUGAUGCUGCAUUGAAAGAGGGACUUGAGUCUCAUAGCCCUGUCUAUGUCGUUUUCUUUGGUACCGAGAAACCAGAGACUAACGAAUCUUGGUGCCCUGAUUGCGUGGUUGCCGAUCCCUUGAUCCGAAAGGCCAUUCUCACUCAUGCUCCUCAAAAUGCCCUUUUGCUUGAAGCACCUGUGGGUCAUCGUGAAGACUGGAAAGGAAACGCCUCGCAUCCUUAUCGUACCCGUUUCAAUUUGUCUGCCAUCCCCACUCUUUUCCGCUGGACCAAGGAGGGACCUGGCGCUGCUCUUGUCGAAGAGGAUUGUGCCGAUGCUCAAAAGUUGGAGGAAUUCGUUCGUUCAUCUUCGCAGUAA